CUGAAAUCCGAAGCCUCAUUCAUUCGUUCACUCUUUCGUCGACGUUAUCAGAAUUCAGAAGAUGGAGGGAGCCGGAAAAACUAAGAAAGGUGCCGGAGGAAGGAAGGGAGGUGGCCCAAGGAAGAAGGCGGUUACCCGCUCUGUAAAGGCCGGACUGCAGUUUCCCGUCGGUAGAAUUGGGCGUUUUCUGAAGAAAGGACGUUAUGCGCAGCGUGUUGGAAGCGGUGCUCCAGUUUACCUCGCCGCUGUGCUUGAAUACCUUGCUGCUGAAGUGCUAGAGUUAGCUGGAAAUGCGGCUAGGGACAACAAGAAAACCAGAAUCAUCCCAAGACAUCUUCUGUUGGCCAUUAGAAACGAUGAAGAGCUUGGAAAAUUACUGGGUGGAGUUACGAUUGCUCAUGGUGGAGUUCUUCCAAACAUCAAUCCUAUUUUGUUGCCGAAGAAGACUGCUGCUAAGGAGCCAUCAACUCCUUCUAAAGCUGCUAAAUCUCCAAAGAAAGCUAAGAAGGCUGAAUAGAUUAAGCUGUUUGAAUUUUAUCCUUUUGUGAAAAAUAUAGGGAUGGGGAGAAUUGUAUUUCGAUGAUGUAUUUUACCAGAAUGCAUAAUGUUAAACCCUUGCUUCUUACGAUC